UCAGGACGGCAAACUCCACCUCCCGGGGAAGUGCAGGGCGCGACACGUGAUCGCUUUACCAAAAUCCAGUAUGGCGGAAUCUGUCAGUGAGUGAUUCUUUCGCUGGCGCACUCUCCUACGGAAAUUAAACACAUUGCGUUUUUCGGGGUGGAGUGACCGCCUCCCGCGGAAUCUAGGUCGACGUCGAGCGAAGCGAGGAAGAGGACGAAGAGGCGCGCGGGACUGGAUUACGCCGUCGGCCCGCCGAGCGUGGCGCGAGCGCGCUAGACUGGACACCCCCUCCCCUCCCCGCUCGCCCCCUUCCCCCCCGACGCUCGGACGCCGCGCCGAACAGGCGCGCCACGCCCCCCCGUGACUGACCUCACCCGCCGGGACUCUCGUCCUCCGUUCCUCCUCUCCCCCCCCCCCCACUCCACCAGGACCCCGUCAGCACCCCCGCAGUGGCCGCUGAGCGACACCCCCACAACAAUGAGCUCCCACAACCACCCAGAUGGACUCCCCAGUACAGACCAGCCCUUGGAGCUUCUGAAGCCAUCUGGACUCAACCACAUUCCGUCUGUGGAUGUGAGUGCAGCGCUGCCCCUGCAAGUGCCCCCGGCCGCCAUCCCCAUGGAGCUGCGCGUGGACCAGCAGUUUGCGCUGGCGCCCGCCGACCCCAGCCUGCGGGAGCAGCAGCUGCAGCAGGAGCUGCUGGCGCUCAAGCAGAAGCAGCAGAUCCAGAGGCAGCUCCUCAUCGCCGAGUUCCAGCGCCAGCACGAGCAGCUGUCCCGCCAGCACGAGGCCCAGCUGCAGGAGCACGUAAAGCAUCAGCAGGACAUGCUGGCCCUGAAGCAUCAGCAAGAGCUGCUGGAGCACCAGCGUAAGAUGGAGAAGCACCGGCAGGAGCAGGAGCUGGAGAAGCAGCACCGCGAGCAGAAACUGCUGCUCCUCAAGAACAAGGAGCGCGGGCAGGAGAGCGCAGUGGCCAGUACAGAGGUGAAGAUGAGGCUCCAGGAGUUUGUCCUGAACAAGAAGAAGGCCUUGGCACAGAGGAACCUUAACCACUGCAUGCCCAACGACCCGCGCUUCUGGUACGGGAAGACUCAGCACAGCUCCCUGGACCAGAGCUCCCCUCCACAGACGGGGGUGUCCGCCUCCUACAACCACCCGGUGCUGGGGGUGUACGACCCCAAAGACGACUUCCCACUCCGCAAGACCGCUUCGGAGCCCAAUCUGAAGCUGAGGUCGCGGCUGAAGCAGAAGGUGACGGAGCGGAGGAGCAGCCCGCUGCUGCGCAGGAAGGACGGGGCCAUCACCACCGCCAAGAAACGCUCCCUGGACAUGGCGGAUUCCGCGUGCAACAGUGCCCCCGGUUCUGGCCCCAGUUCUCCCAACAACAGCUCCAACAACAUCACCAACGAGAACGGGAUCGCCGGGUCCUUCUCCAGCAGCCCCGGGGAGGCGUCUCUGGCCCGCAGGCUGGCCGGUCAGGAGGGCCCCAUGAGCCAGCUGUCCCUCUACACCUCCCCCUCCCUCCCCAACAUCACACUGGGGCUGCCCGCCACCGGCCCCUCCAGCGGGGCGACCAGCGCGCAGGACGGGGACCGCUUGGCCAUGGCCGGCCUGCCCAUAACCACUUCCUUCAUUCCCGGGGCCCACCUGCCCUCGUACCUGGGCGCCUCGGCCCUGGACCGGGACGGGGGCUCCGCACACAACCCCCUCCUCCAGCACAUGGUCCUGCUGGAGCAGUCGGCUGCUCAGAACCCCCUGGUGACAGGCCUGGGAGCCCUCCCCCUGCAGGCCCCCUCCAUCCACAAACUGCGUCAGCACCGCCCCCUGGGGCGCACGCAGUCGGCCCCCCUGCCCCAGAACAGCCAGGCCCUGCAGCAGCUGGUGGUGCAGCAGCAGCACCAGCAGUUCCUGGAGAAACACAAGCAGCAGUUCCAGCAGCAGCAGCUGCACAUCAGCAAGAUGAUCGCCAAACCGAGCGAGCCGGGCCGGCAGCACGAGAGCCACCCGGAGGAGACGGAGGAGGAGCUGCGCGAGCACCAGGAGGGGCUCCCGCGCGGCGUUACCAUAAAGCAAGAGCCGCUGGAGGACCCCGAGGAGGACCAGCUGCAGCAGAGAGAGAGACAGGCCGAGCAGGAGCUGCUCUUCAGACAGCAGGCCCUGCUCCUGGAGCAGCAGCGCAUUCACCAGCUGAGGAACUACCAGGCCUCCAUGGAGGCGGCCGGCCUGUCCGUCAGUUUCGCCGGGCACCGCCCCCUCUCCAGGGCGCAGUCCUCGCCCGCGUCCGCCACCUUCCCCAUCGCCGUCCAGGAGCCGCCCACCAAGCCCCGCUUCACCACCGGGCUGGUGUACGACACUCUGAUGCAGAAGCACCAGUGCAUGUGCGGGAACACCAACACGCACCCGGAGCACGCCGGACGCAUCCAGAGCAUCUGGUCCCGUCUGCAGGAGACGGGGCUGCGCAGCAAGUGUGAGUGUAUCCGCGGGAGGAAGGCCACUCUGGAGGAGCUGCAGACGGUCCACUCCGAGGCUCACGUCCUGCUGUACGGCACCAACCCCCUGCGGCAGAAACUGGACUGCUCAGUAACACCCAUGUUCGUGCGGCUGCCCUGUGGCGGUGUGGGGGUGGACAGUGACACCAUUUGGAACGAGGUCCACUCCUCCAGCGCCGCCCGUCUGGCCGUCGGCUCGGUCGUCGAGCUCGUCUUCAAGGUCGCGUCCGGAGAGCUGAAGAACGGCUUCGCUGUGGUACGGCCCCCUGGACACCACGCGGAGGAGAGCACUCCAAUGGGCUUCUGCUACUUCAACUCCGUGGCCAUCGCUGCCAAGCUCCUGCAGCACCGGCUCAACGUCAGCAAGAUCCUCAUCCUGGACUGGGACGUUCACCACGGCAACGGAACCCAGCAGGCCUUUUACGGCGACCCCAACGUCCUGUACCUGUCGCUCCAUCGCUACGACGACGGGAACUUCUUCCCCGGCAGCGGCGCUCCGGACGAGGUGGGCAGCGGGCCAGGUGUGGGUUUCACUGUGAACAUGGCCUUCACCGGGGGUCUGGACCCCCCCAUGGGAGACGCGGAGUACCUGGCAGCUUUCAGGACCGUGGUCAUGCCCAUCGCCAACGAGUUCGCCCCGGACGUGGUGCUGGUGUCCUCGGGCUUCGACGCCGUGGAGGGCCACCCGCCCCCCCUCGGAGGAUACAAACUCACCGCCAAAUGCUUUGGCUACCUGACCAAGCAGCUGAUGGGAUUGGCCGGAGGCCGCGUGGUGCUGGCUCUGGAGGGGGGUCACGACCUCACCGCCAUUUGCGAUGCCUCGGAGGCGUGCGUCUCUGCUUUACUGGGAAACGAGCUGGAUCCUGUCCCACAGGAGGUUCUGCAGCAGAGGCCCAAUCCCAAUGCUGUGCGCUCCAUGGAGAAGGUUCUGGAGGUCCACAGUAAAUACUGGCAGUCGGUGCAGCGCUACGCCUCCACGGUUGGCUACUCCCUGAUGGAGGCGCAGAAGUGUGAGACGGAGGAUGAAACUGUCACUGCCAUGGCCUCCCUGUCUGUGGCCGCCAAGCAGCUGGAGAAACGGCCGGAGGACGAGCCCAUGGAGGAGGAGCCGCCGUUGUAGGAGGAGCGCGCGGAGCUGCUCUCUGACCUCCCCCGUGCGGAGGCUUCCCUGCGCCUCCAUGCCCACCUCCCUCCUCCCUCCUCCCCGUUUCAUUUUUACCCCCUCUUGUCCCGCCUACACCCUCCCCCCCCAACAGGCAGCUUCCCAGCCGGGGGGAACGGGGGGGCGCGACGCCCAGGAGAGGGGUCCGAAACGGGCGGAAGACUGAACAGACUAGGCCCCGCCCCCGGCCGACGGGGCGGCGGGGCGUUUACGGUCUCCCCCGUCACGUGACACACGGGGACCCCUGCAGCAGGGCCUCGGGGCGACGGCUGCGGACCGAAGAAGUUUGUUUCUGAGCGGGACGGGGAAUCGUUCCCGCCGCAGCUCCCAAAGCCACUGCUUUGGAACUGUCUCCAGGUCUGAUCUGAUUGGCAGGUCUGGCUGUCAAUCAACACAGCUGUUUUUUUUUUUUUUUGUUUUUUUUCCUUUUGUUCCAUUUAAAAAAAAAAUGUUUUCUUUAAAAAAAAAAAAAAAACUAUAAGACAAUGACAGACCUUUAAAAACUGGAUUUCAUUCUGUUCGUAAAAAAUUUCAUAGUUACUGCUUGAAGAACACACUGACAUAAAAAAAAGCUUAAAGACUGUGCUGUGAUCGUUUGAAGGGAUGGAAGGUGGCACCAGGCUUUUUUUUAGGUGGGGGGAGGAACAUGACAAGUUUAGAUGGGGGGGGACCAAGCCUCUGGUUCCAGUUUGGAAGCAUCCGGAAGAUUCAGAGUUUGUGCCUUUUUUAAAAACCUGGUGGAUUUUGUGAUGAAUUCAGAAGAACAUUGCCUUAAACAAGUUGUGUACCCGAGCGACCCUUUCUUUUUUUUUUUUUUUUUUUUUUUUUUUUUUUUUGUUUUUUAAACCCCCCCAUCCCCCCCUUUUUUUCGGCCAGGAGAUGGAUGGAAAGAGCCAGGCAGUGACAGCGAGACAGACGGAGAAGGACAGGAGACAAAAAUCCCUCAGCAUGUUUACCAGGAAUGUGGUGUAGACGAGUCUGUGUUUUCCCACAGUCUCUGAACCUCUUUUAACGUUUCCUUUCCUUCGGUUGUUUUCGGUUUUUAUUUUAUUUUAUUUUAUUUUAUUUUUUUGAACUAAGAGAAAAGGUUUUGUAAGGUAGUUGCCAGCUAUACAGUGGCAAACAUCGUUGGAACAAUUUUAAUUGAAUUCCGCAGCGCUGGCGAAGAUUGCCUAAUGUAGCUACACAUUUUAACCCUUGACCAAACGAAUAUCAUUUUUUUAGAGUUAAAAAGCAUGUACUGUACUAGAGCGACUUGCCAUUUGCGAAAUUAGAAUGCUGUUUAAAAAUACUAGUAAAAUAAAAAUAAAAGAAUAAAUUUAAAAAAAAAACCAAAGCAUGAGUUCGCUUCCAGCUCAGUUUCACGCCACUAUUUACUGCGAGCUUAAGAAGUUGGGAUGUUUGCCUUACAGUCAAAGUGACUUUUCUUGCAGAGUGCGUAGUUUUUGCAGAAAAGAUAUGGUUGAGCCACUUGCAGUACUUACAAGCUUUUGAAGUAACUGACGCUAUUGAGCUAUUUGUUUGAAAUUUCAUCUGACGAAAACGAUUGUUACAAUCCGCCGUCGACACAUAACUCGGUUAACGUCUCGAUAAAGAUCUUCGAAUUAAAUCUUUUUGGGCGUCAGUCUGAAGUGCCAGUCUUUUCAUAUCUUUGGCCUUGGAACUUUUGAAGGCGUCCCAUGAAGAUAUUUUUUUGGUGCUUGAGUAAAAACUAUUUCCUGUAUUUUGGGCUUUCGCUCUAUUUGCAAGCUACAGAAAUGGGCCAAAAUUUCACUAAUUUUCAGGUGCUACUGAGCAUGUGUGCGUUACCACGACGCUAAACAGGAAGUCAUCUGACCCAGUUCUGACUCUGGACUAAAAACGAGCAAAAAAAAAAAACCCAUUUCUGUGGGAUAGCAAAAAUACAGUCAAUGACAAUCUGCAUGGGAUCCAGAAGGUAAAUACUUGUUUUAACGAAUAACUACAUAAAUUUGUCUGCAUAUAUAACUCUAUGUAGCAUACGUAUAUUGUCUGUAUGUAAACAGGUCCAUAUACUGUGAGCAUACUCUUUCAUCUAACUUGGUCUGGCGCAGUGCAGAUUAGGGAGGCUGACCGAUCUUCAAGAGUCAUAUCUAUUUUAAAAAAAGAAAGAAAAAAAAAAACCAACUCAUGUUUAGCCACUUGGCAACUACCUUAAGCAUUAUUCUAUUAAAACCAUGGUCGAUUAUGUACAUUGUUAUAAGUUGAAAAACUGAAAAGCAAGAAACAAAUGCUUGAUUGCUGUUGUUGUUGAUGUUACUAUGAUUCCACUUUGCGGUUAUUUUGAUGAUGAUUCCAUUCUCGUUUGCUCUCAUCUUUGGUCUUUCUAUUCCUGUUUUUUAUUAGUGAUCUCCUGUUUUUUCCAUGUCUGUAUUUUUGAGUGAUAUGGCAUCCUCUCGGUUAGUUUUUUUUUUUGUUUUUUUUUACUUUUUAAAUUUGUUUUGCCAUUUUCGUUUGUUUGGUUGUUUUCUUACUUUUUUUGUACAGUUGACAUUGCGUUCUGUUUGCUUAAGGAUCCAGUGAGUUUUGUUCACUUUCUUAGAAAGCAGCAUUUCCAUGCAUCGUGUGUGUGCUUUGGAAGGGGUGGGAUUGGGUGUUUCUACUUUGUAUAAUAAUUCCAACAAUUGUGUAUUUACUAUAUGUUCUGUUCAUAGUAGAUUUAUAUAUGGAAAACAAAUCUAUAAAUAUAUUAUAUAUAAAAAAUGCAAUCUUGUUUUAAAAAAAAAAAAGAGUAUUGCAGAGAGAUAUACCCAUAUAUCCAAGCCCUUU